CGCUAUUAAGGGGACUCUACUAAUAUGACCGAGUUCAAGGCGAACAAGUAUGCCUUUUCUUUGCCCUAGAUUUACAACAGGAAUUAGCCUAGAACUAGAAUUCUAGAAUUAGACCUAGUUCUAGGAGUUAUUUGACUUGGACUUGUGCUUGUUCGCUUUCCCCCCCGCUGUUCUAAUUUUGAAUCAUACAUCUCAAUCAUCUUAUCCGGCUAGUGUCUUGACCCGCGACUUCUGACAGCAGCCAUCAUGGGGUCCACGAAUAAUUCUACCGACCAAACAACCCUCGAGUGGUUCGGCGCCACCACCUUUCGGCUUCGUACCAGAGGCGUCACCAUCUUUCUGGAUACAUGGUUGGACAAGCCCUCCGUCAUGCCCAAGUACCUUGCGGUGGAUGACGUGACAGAGGCAGACUACAUCUUCAUCUCCCAUGCCCACUUUGACCACCUCCCCGGAGCCGACCGCAUCGCCAUAAAAACAGGCGCCACUGUCAUAGCCAACGGCGAGGCCAUCAACUGCCUGCGGAAUGCCGGCGUCCCAGAGGAGCAGCUCAUCCCCGUUGCCGGCGGCGAGCGGAUACCUCUCUUCACGCGGGCGGUCCGCGAGCAGGCGCGACAGGAUCCGUCCCUACGAGCCAAGGGGUUCCCGGGCGCGCCCAUCUUCCCGCUGCACACGCUGGCGGCGCUCGCGGUGCACGUGUGGCCCUCUCUCCACUGCCUGAUGCCCGCGGACCACCCCGACGUCAUCGACACCGCCACCGUGUACACCGGCUCGGCGACCCCCUACAGCUGCUCCCUGGACAUCACCUUUGGCAUGAAGCACGGCCUCCUGCGUCUGGGCGAGCUCGUCCCGCCCGAGAAGCUGCACGAUGGUCAACGCUCGUUUAUAGAGUAUGUUUCCGACCGGAAGCGCAACGUGUUUUCCCACUGCGACGGCGGCCAGUUGAUGUUCAACUUCCUGAUCGGGGACAAGGCGCUGCUCUGGAGUGCCCACCUGGGCGCCUACGAAGGGAUCAUGAAGGACAUGCAGCCCAAGCCGGACGUGGCCAUCCUGGCCAUUGCGGGACGGGCAAACCUGAACGGACGGCCAUUUGACGGUUCGGCGGCUCAAUUCGCUGUAAAGGAGGUCGAGUGGCUGGGGAGUCCGUCCAAGGUCAUCUGGGCUCUACAUGACGAGACGUAAGUGCCAUCUUCCAAAACACCACAAAAUCACGUCGCACUACUGACUGACUGACUGACUUGUCUUGAUCACCUGCAUUGCUCCGUUCCGAAUUGACACGGCAGCAGCUACCGCCGCGGUGGAAGAAUCGACCGGAUCCAAGAUUUUGGAUUUGAAGCCCGCGGAGGUGACCGUGUUGGACUUGUAGCAUUAGCAUCUUACAAACUAUGAGGUUGCGGCGGUGUGCUGGACACCUAACCGUACGUAUGAGGUUCUCAUAGAUCGUAAAGAGUGCGAGAAACAGAAAUGGCUCCACGGAGAAGAUGUAUAGCAGUAAGGUUAUGGGUUAAUUCGAGU